GAGUAGGUAUGCAGUGUGUCACUCCUCCAGAGACCAACGGCCAGCAUGAAGCUCAAACUGUGGCUGCUUCUCCUCUUUUUAUGUGCGGUCAUUAUCCCUGCACAGUUGAAGAAUAAGAAACAUGAAGAACAUGAUAAAAAUUCAGAACGUAAUCGUGGAGGACAGCAUGGUAAACAUGGGAAGCCUGGACACGGACACGGACACGGACAUGGUCCUCCUGGAAAGAGAGGCAAAGGAAGAUUAAAGGACCUGAAGGCUGAGUUUGACACCUCAGACGACUCUGAUGAUGAUGACGAUGCCAACGAUUGGCUGUUUGAACUUCAAAGCCUCAAAGGAAAAUGCAGACCAAAUCCAUGCCUUAAUGGCGGGGUGUGUGAGGAAAAAAGAGAUAAAUUCAAAUGCAAAUGCCCCAAGCAGUUUGUAGGUAGAAGGUGCCAAAGAGGGGUAAGGGUUUGUAAAAGAGGAACAUGUGGGACAGGACUGUGUCUUCUCACCUCAUCUCCUCCCUACUAUAAGUGCAAGUGUUUUCCUCCAUUUGCACCUCCAAACUGCGAAACACCCAUUCCAUGUACACCAAACCCUUGUCAGAAUAAGGGCAGAUGUGUUUCAGAUGAGGGUGAUUUUGAAUGCGUCUGCACAGAUGGAUUCAGUGGACAAUACUGUCAAGUCGACCCGAAUGACUGCUAUGAGGGAGAUGGACAGUCAUACAGAGGAAAGGUGUCAGUGACUGAAGAGGGGGACGAAUGUCUCGACUGGAACUCUGAGUUCAUUCUGGAUAAAGGAUUGUUUCCUGCUACUUCAUUUGCAUCUGGUGAAGGCCUGGGGCAGCAUAACUUCUGCAGAAACCCUGAUGGAGAUAAGAAACCAUGGUGCUUUGUAAAGAAGAACAAGAAACUUCGAUGGGAUUAUUGUUCUGUCAGAAAAUGUCCCACACUUGCAACAACUACCACAAAAAUGGUGACAACCACCACCACUAAAGCUCAACCCACCACACCAGUAACUACUCUCCAACCAACCAUACCAGCUACGACAGAUGCCAGCACAACCCCAGAGAGCACCAGUUCAGCCCAAAUAAUCACUACUGCAGCCCCACCAACCACACCAACUAAAAAUGCUACUUUACCAAAGAGUUUUCUUACCUGCGGUAAACCGGAACCCAAAAAACAACUGAACCGGAUUUAUGGGGGUCUUAAAGCUAUUCCUGGAGCCCAUCCAUGGCAAGUAUCAGUACAGAUCAAACCUAAAGGAUCCGUCCAGGCCUACAGACACAUCUGUGGAGGCACCCUUAUCAAGCCUUGUUGGGUGUUGACUGCAGCCCACUGUGUGGAUAAAAAUCAUGAUUACAGUGUAGUAUUGGGAGGAUUAAAUCUAGUUCAAAAGGAGCCAACAGACCAGACGGUGCUGGUGGAGGAUGCUAUCAUCCAUGAGAAGUACAGGGAAACUCCUGAUGUCGUCUACAAUGAUAUUGCUCUAUUAAAACUGAAAGCUACUAAUGGAGAAUGUGCUAAGGAAACUCAGUUUGUGAAAGCUGCCUGCUUGCCCAAAGAACCUUUUGCAGAUGGAGCAGAAUGCAGCAUUUCAGGAUGGGGAGCCACAGAGACAUCAGAGUAUGGCUCCAUGCAUUUGCUUGACGCACAGGUUUUGCUGAUUUCUCAGGAGGCUUGUUCAAGCAAUAAAGUGUAUGCGGCUUUGCUGGAUGACGGCAUGUUUUGUGCAGGCUAUCUCAAGGGAGGAGUGGACUCCUGUCAGGGUGACUCUGGUGGGCCUCUCACCUGUCAGAAGGAUCAAAUACACUAUGUCUAUGGUAUAGUGAGCUGGGGAGACAACUGUGGAGAGAAGAACAAGCCUGGUGUCUAUACCAGAAUUCUUAAAUACUUGGACUGGAUCAAUGAAAAAACAGCUGGGAGCCAGUAGCAUGUCCAUUAAAGAUGAACCACAACCACAUGGGUUUUUGUCAUGUACUCUGAUCUACAUUUUUAUUAUAGCGUUUUAGAUUAUUCUUUUGAUGCAUCAAUGAAACCUUGUCUCUCCAUGGGGAUACAUACUUAAAAUAAACAAUGUAAGACCGCUACCAUUGAAAUAUC